AUGCACUCAAUUAAUAAAUUUGUAUAUAUGCAAUUUAUCUGCAAAAGAAAGCGCAAACUUUUCAAUAACACUUACAAAAUUGGAAUCAAAACUCACGAGAUUAUCAUAAUAGAUGUAAUUCAUUUCAUUUAUCUAAGGGAACUAACAUAGUAAAAUACUCAAUUCCCUUUUAUUCUGAGAUUGAAGUAAAUUGGAACUUAGUCGACAACAAAUUUAUUGGAUUUGAGUUCAUCUAUAAUAAGAAACUCAUUUAAUUUGAGAUGAAACCAGAAGAUUGUUAGGUAUUUUAAGACACAGUGAAAUCAUAAAUCUUCUUUUCAAACUUAUACAAGUUUUAUAAACCCAUUUAUGAAAUUGGGAAAGGAAGUUAUAGUAAUGUAAUUAUCGUAUUGAUUAUCAAAGGUCUUGAAAGUAGUAAGUUAUCAGAAUAAAAAUAUGUAUGCUUGUAAAUGCAUAGAACCAAAUGAGAACUUUUCUGAACAAGUAUUAUAUAUUUUGAAUUUAGGAUAUUAUGAAUGAGAUUUAUAUACAUUCUUUAAUAAAUCAUUAAAAUGUAGUAAGACUUUUAGGAAUCUCCAGAACACAAAGGCAUUUUUAUUUAUUAAUGGAAUUACCCAAUGGUGAUACUUUGAAAAAUUAUUUAUAUAAAAAGGUCAGAUUAAGUGAGGAAGAAAUUAUUAGAAUUAUGAAAGUAAAUUUUAAUAAUAACUAAGUAAUUAUUAUAAGCUAUUGAUCAUCUUCAUUCAAAUAAUAUUGUACAUAGAGAUAUUAAACCGGAAAACAUCAUAUUAUAACAUUCAGAUGAUUAAAGUACUAAAUCUCAAUAACGAAGCCCUAAUUAAGUUGAUUGACUUUGGACUAGCUGCAAAUCUUAAUGAUCCAAAAGUUGUAUAUAAAAUUUGUGGAACUAGUGGUUAUGUUGCUCCAGAGAUAUUAAAUAGUGAUGGUCUCACUCCAUAUGAUACUAAAUGUGAUAUUUUCAGUUGUGGAAUCAUCCUAUAUUAAUUGUAAUUUAUUUAAAAUAUUAUUAAGACUAACUCACAAACAUUUAUUUGAAGGAGAUACAAAAUCAGAAAUUUAUUAAAAUAACAAAAUGUAUAACAAAGCUGAUUAUAAUUUUGGAGGUAUUCAUUAUUAUUUUCAUCAUUUGUUAUCCUUAAUGCUUGAGGAUAAACCAUCAAAAAGAAUAACUGCUCAAGUGGCUCUCAAUAUUUUAGAACAAAUCUCUAGAUAAAUUGAAGAAAUUCCUCCAGAUGAAAACAUUUAAAGAAUUCCUGUUAUGAUAUCCUGUAAACCUAAAUCAGAUCCUAAUCUUUUAAACAUAGAUUUCUGAAUAUUAAAAUUUGUU